AUGGUAAAUAAAUACUCCACUCCGAACUUUUUUGUCACCCUGUAUUUCUCUCCUUUAGUUAGUGCAAAAGGUUAUUCGGCGGCUGGGAGCAAACCAGCAUUUCAGAAUAAAAUAAACUUUAUAAUCAAUGGAAAACACAAUCCAAGCACGUUCAUUUUUCUCAAGAAUUUUUGAGGCAAUUUGUGAAAGCUCGUGAUUAACAAAUCGAAUACUUCCAUAAAGGGUUUCAUAUGAAAGAUGGUUUAAAAUUUUAAAAUAAAUCUCACAAGGGAGCAUU